UCCGCCAUCACGGAAGGAAGUGCCCGACGACCUGCCGCCGAGUACCGGACCCCCCGGACGCUUGGUAAUGGGGACCCUACGGGAAAGCCUGGAGUGGAGGGCCGCAGUCUGGGGCAGGAUCUGAUCAGAGAAGGUUUCUCGUCGGGGCGGCUCUCCCGCAGCGCAGAGGAAGGGGCAAUUUAUGACGAUGUACCAUGCGAGCAUGAGAACCAGGGCGGGCCGGGACACCACCUGAUCUACGAGAACGUUCACCCCGAGGGAUGCGGAGGAGAGUUUGAAGACACCGGCUGGAGCUCCAGUGAGUUUGAGAGCUACAGCGAGGACUCGGAGGAAGAGAAGCCCAAACCGGCCAAACCCUUCGUGGCCUUCCAGCCCAAGCUUUCUCCAGAUCUGAAUAGGUUAAAGGAGAGGUACAGCAGGACUAAAAGAGACCUCCUGGCUCUGAGAGUCGGGGGAGGAGAUGCCCACCAGCCGACACAGAGCCCCCGCUGGAAGAUGACGCAGCUGAUGAAGGCGGCUCGGAGCGGCACCAAAGACGGGCUGGAGAAAACGCGCAUCGCAGUCAUGCGCAAAGUAACAUUCCUGCAGCGGAAGGAGACCGCGGGGGACUCGGAGGAGGAGGAGAUGGGAUUCCUGGAGAUCAGUGGAUUGGACUUGGACCUGAAGCCCCCUGCGUCCGAGCUCGGCCCGAUGCCGGAGGGACUUAGCGCCCAGCAGAUCCUGCGGCGGCACAUUCUGGCCUCCAUAGUGCAGAGCGAGAAGAGCUACGUGGAGUCUCUGCGCCGCGUCCUGCAGGAUUACCGGACCCCACUCCUAGAGAUGGAGCCCAAGCUCCUCAGCGCCCGCAAGUGCCAGCUUGUCUUCUCCAGAGUGAAGGAGAUCCUGCACUGUCACUCCGUGUUCCAGAUCGCGCUGGCCUCCCGCGUGGCCGAGUGGGACUCAUCGGAGAAGGUCGGGGACCUGUUCGUAGCAUCGUUCUCCAAAUCUAUGGUGCUGGAUGUGUACAGCGAGUACGUCAAUAACUUCACCAACGCCAUGACGCUCAUCAAGAAGGCUUGUCUUACAAAACCCGCUUUCCUGGACUUCCUGAAGAAGAAGCAGGCGGCCAGUCCGGACAGGGUCACUCUCUAUGGGCUGAUGGUGAAACCCAUCCAGCGUUUCCCUCAGUUUAUUCUCCUGCUGCAGGACAUGCUGAAGAACACUCCGCGUGGACACCCUGACCGGCUGUCGCUCCAGUUGGCCCUCACGGAGUUGGAGACUCUGGCGGAGAAGCUGAAUGAGCAGAAACGGCUGGCCGACCAAAUGGCCGAAAUACAGCAGCUCUGCAAGAGCAUCAGUGACCGCAGCUCCCUCUACAAGAGUUUGAGCUCCGGACAGUGCCAGCUUCUUUUGUGCGAGACGUUCACCGAGAUGGUGUAUGGGGAACGGGGGCAGCUCCUAAAGUCCAAGGAACGCAGACUGUUUCUUCUGAACGAUGUGUUGGUCUGCGCCAACAUCAACUUCAAGGGGCAGCCGGAUAUUGGGAAUCUGGUACCUCUUGGCCCUCGCUACGUUAUGAAGUGGAACGCUCCAUUGUUGCAGCUGCUGGUGGCGGAGUUUGGACAAGAAGAUAACGUCUUGGAGAAGGAGGCCACCCCAGGACUUCAAGUGCCCAGCAAGAGGCAAUCACCAUCUGGCCAGAGUAAAGUGUCUCUGGGGUCACCGCGUCUCUACCAAGAACUGCAGGAGGUGAAGAAAGAUCUGGAGAUUGUGGAGCAGAUCACACAACUGAUCAGCACCCUGCACGGGACCUACCAGAAUCUGAACAUGACGGUGGCGCAGGACUGGUACCUCGGCCUGCAGAAGCUCAUCCGGCUAAAAGAAGAAGAAAUCCAGUCGGCCAACAAAUGCCACCUUCGGCUUCAGCUUCAUCUGCCCAGGAAAUUGGACAAGUCCGGCCGGCCCCUGAGCUUCAUGGCGCUUUUCAUCACUCCGAACCCGCUGAGUAAAAUCACCUGGGUGAACCGAAUGCACUUAGCCAAGAUCGCGCUGAGAGAAGAGAACCAGCCGGGAUGGUUGUGUCCAGAGGAGGAGAAGAAAGCCAAGGCUGCUUUUUGGUCGCCUACCUUGGUCUGCCGCCUGCCAGCCUUCUCCACCAAAGCUUCGGACUUGCAGCUGGGAGGAGCGGUUCACACCCCGGUACAGACCUCGCUCCUGGGCUUCUCGUCGGUCAGCACCUGGCUGCCUCAGGGGUAUUUAUGGUUAGGAGGCGGCCAGGUGGAUGGAGUAGGGCAGAUCCAGAUCUUCUCCCUGAACCAUACGUCUCCACGCAUGAUGAAGGCGUUCCCGCUGCCGUCCCGUGUCCUGUGCGUGGAAAAUGUGCACAGCCAAUCAGAGAGCGCCGAGAAAGAGGAGGAAUAUAUUUCUGCCACGGUGUGUCCGGCGGUCUGCGUGGGGCUGCAGGAUGGCAGUAUUAUGGUGUACGGCAAUGUGGACACAGGUACUCCGUGUUUAAUGGCCGUGAAGAGUCCGGGUCUCCACCCCGUCCUCUGCCUUAGGAAUAGCCCAGACUUUCUGUGUGCGGGGCUGCAUGAUGGCACCGUGGUCCUGUACCCCAAAAAACAAGGUGGUCUCUGGGACCCGGGGAACCCGUGCCCUGUGAAGGUGGGCAGAGGCCCAAUACAUGCCAUGCUGGUCCUUGAUGACUGCAUAUGGGUGAGCUGCCAGAACCGAGUGACUGUGUUGGACCCCAGGACCCUAAAAACCCAGAGCUUCGAGGCCCUGCAGGAUGAGGCCUCCAGCGUCACCCACAUGGUGAGGGCCGGCGGGGGGGUGUGGAUGGCCUUCUCAACCGGAUCCUCCAUCCGUCUCUUCCACACGGAGACCCUGGAGCUUCUGCAGGAGAUCAACGUGUCCACCCGGACCCUGCUGCUGCCAGGCCAGAAGAAUGUGAAGGUCACGGCCCUGCUGGUGUGCCAGGGCUUGCUCUGGGUGGGAACGGACCUCGGCAUACUGAUUACAUUACCCGUGCCAAAACUAGAGGGGAUCCCCAAAAUCACAGGAAAAGGAAUGGUUUCUCUGAAUGGGCACUGUGGGCCGGUGCAGUUUCUCACCGUAGCUUCCACUACGAUGGCCCCUGAAUGUCUGCGGACCGAGCAGGGAUCUGAAGGAGAUACGCAGGAAAGCGAUGGACAGGUGGACGCCAAAGACGAUACCGGCGAGAGCCUGGCCCAAGAGGCCUCCACAGAUAACCACGCACCAUCUCGGCUCAAGGGAAUCCUUCUUCAGUACCGCCUGCGCGGCACCUCGCAUCUGCCGGGCCACCACUUGUCCGCCAAAGAGGGCUCCAGGAUGGACACCGCCACCCCCGAAACCAGCGAGGAGGACGGCUCAAUCUACGAAAUGGCAGACGACCCUGAUGUGUGGUUCAGGAGCAGGCCUUACAUUAGGGACGUUCACCGCAAGGAGAUCACCUCGGUGGUUGUAGUGUCAGGAGGCCCAGGGUACCGGCUCUUCCAUCCCUCGUCUAACACCUCGCAGCCUGGAGGAGACACCGACAGCACGUUACUCAUGUGGCAGCUGCCUCUUAUUCUAUAGCGCUGGCUAUUUUUACUAAGCUAUGCUGGGACGUCGGGUACGAACUAAACGCUGUUACAUUGACCACGUAUUACGGGACGAUUCCUUAGGUACUCAGGAAACUUUACAUAGGGCAUUUACUCGGUAAGGCUUCCUGGACAUGCGUGGCAUUACAGGAUCCGAUAAUAACCUGAUCUCCGUGGCCAGGAUCAAUAGGAACCCUGAAAUAAAAAAAAAUAUAUAUUUUAAAUAACUCAUAAGCUCUAAAGGUCCACGAGAAACAUGGUAGAUCCAAGUCCUAAGAGAAAACCCAAUAGGAUUAAUUUAAAGUGCUUUCGAACAGUUUAAAGGGACAUUUAAAAUGGGUGCAAUGCUGAUUUGCAAAGUUUUUGUAUAAAUGUACAGGAGUGGGAAGCGUUAAAUGCUGCAAAAUAAGUUUACAGGGGCCCCAGGCCAACACAUCAGAUAUGUAAAGGUAUGUAGGUACGGUCUAUUUGGUAUAUUAUGUAAUAAAAGUGGCCCCGUUAUGCCAAUUUCACAUAAAUACGUCGCUGGACUCUCUUCUAACCUACUGACCACAUUAAGGUUUAUUGAUGAUGUUACUUGCUGUCGGGGACUAAGUAGGACUGGUGAGAGAUUUAUCGAUCAGGACACUAAAAGUAAUUCUAGCGAACGCUUUGACGUCUAUUCAACACAAUUAAAAAAAAUCUAUAUUUUUGAAA